AUGGAGUCGACCCGCGUGCCCCGGGGUCCUGCUUCGCGCCUCGUCUUUCUCUUUGUUACCCUCGUGCUGACCGUCGCAGCAACGGGGCUCCUAUGCAGUGCAAUAAUGUCGGACCACUGGGAAGAAAUCAACUGGGACAGGGAAGAUCUGAUCCACGCGAACGUAAACCUCACGUGGUAUCUGAACGGUCAAGUGGCAAGGCUCGAGUCUUCCGUUAAUCAUCGAAAUAAACAUCGUGUCACCAAAAGUUCAGCCUUCUUAGUACCUAUGCACGGCGGCAUUUGGAUUAUGUGUGUUUCAUUGUCAGAGGAAGAGAUACAAUUGUUAGGUCAAGUGGGUUUCCCGCAAAAAAGAUGCGUCAAUUACUUAACACCAAGCGAGGCGCACAUAGAAGCGCGUGGAGCUUGGCAAAAUCGAAUGCAAAAUCUGAGUAUCUCAUGCUCUCUGGUAUGUUUAAUCAUCUUAGGAUGCGCUGCACUUAUAGGAUUUUUUGGACUAUGCAGACAUCAGAUAUCAGCCGUGCUCGUGACAGGAGUUAUGUACCUUCUUGCAGCGACAUUCGCGCUGUUCACGCUUACGAUCAUUCACUUCAAGAGAGUUCAGGAUCGCGGGACCAAAUCAAUAGAGGAUGGCGUGAUCGGUAUGCCUGUUCUUCGCAGCAUUCUCAAGGCCAGGAGAGUUACUACCGCAUGGAGCAUGGACCUAGGAUGGGGUGGAGUCACUCUUUGUGCUCUCGCAUCGGUAGCCUGGAUUCUUCUCAGUAAAAUCAUGCGUUUCAGCCCGAUCGCUGCCAUGAUAGCGUAG